GCAGGAACCCGAGCAGCACCUUGCACCUCGGCGGCCGGGGGCGGCUAGCCGGACGACGAUUUGGUGAUAGCGGCAUUCACAAAAACACUAUUCGUGCCGGCAACCACCUCGCCGAGUCGGUUUGCUUCGUUCCUUUCUCCCACUCACGCUCAAUCCAGCUUUUGCGCGGAAGUUCGAGCAGGCAAAGCCGGGGGCUUGAUUACUGCCAACUCCAUUUCGCUCUCUCCGGCCCAGGGCAGGCUUUGUUCUCCGUCAGGGCUUCACCGUCCUCGACGCUUCCCCUUCGCCGCCUCUACCACCUCCAGCAGUCGUUAGCUGCCCCUGGCACUUGGAAAGGCUUACAUUCAUCAUGCCGACCUGCAACAGCAACAUCAGCGGCGGCAGCAGCAGCCAUGCGCUCGGCGCUCCGCGCGCCGUGCGAACCAAGGCACCCAGAAAGCGGACUGCAGCCGACGAAGUGCUGGGGUGCUUUGUCAAUGUGCCGCCUUCGCCAUUCCUAGACCAUCUCAUUCGAUACCUUUCCACGUGGAGCGGUACAGAUAAGAUGCUCAUGCUCACACAAUAUGGCAGCAAAGUUCUGAUCGCGAUUCUAUCAUUGCAACACCGUCUUCGUCUCCGCCUGCAGGGGACUCGGCAAUAUCAUGCCCCUCAUGGUGGCUCAUCUGUCGCCAAGAGGCUAGCGAUUCUUGGUGCUCUUUGUUCAGAUGGAAGGACACUGUACCGAAUUUGGGGUGUACUUCCAAUCGUUAAAUGGAUGAUCGCCAUGGAGCGCCAACCACCGCCAACGCGCUUGCUGCACAACAUUGAGCGUAUCCAAGGCUGGUCGAUGCUCUUGUACGGCCCUAUGGAAGCGGUUGCCUACCUGGGCGGCAAGAGCAUCAUCGGCUUGACGCCAUCGACGCAGAACAAGCUGUGGCUCGCCAGCUCCCGUCUCUGGGCGCUGUACGUGAUGCUUCAAUGCCUGCACCUCGUUGAGGAUAAUCGCAUGCUGCGCUUGCGUGCACGCGCGCUCGAGCGCACACGAGGGCACCCGGUGCAGCCGGGCGGACGAGUGAGGGGAGGUAGCAGUAGCAUCUCGGAGAAAGGCGGUGAAACUGAGGGCUACGACGAGUGUGCCAGCGCGAGGGCCGAAGAGCAGGCAAUCACAAGGAGCAUGUGGAGCGAGUUAGAUCUUCGCAAGUCGGCCAUCCUGAACGAGCUCUGGGUCAACAUUGGUUACUUACCGCUGACAAUUCAUUGGUCCUUGCCUGGAGGCAUGCUGAACGAUGCGACAGUCGGCGUCUUUGGUCUCAUUGCCGCGACGGCAGGGUUCCGCAAUGGAUGGCGGGCAAGCGCAGAGCCCAAAGCGCCCAUCAUGAACGUCGAGGGCACGGCCUAAGAUGGUGGGCGUCGAGUCAUACAUCCACUUUGCUCCCACUUCUGUAGACCGACAUGUGUGUAGUAUGUAGUGCAAGGUAUAUGAUCCAGGUUCGCCGGAUCA